GCUCUGCUCUGCUCUCCAGAAGGAGCUGGGCUGGCAGGAGCUGCCGAGGGCUGUGGGCUGCAGGAACGAACACGCUCUGGAAUUCGAUUUCUGCCCUGGCAAGCAGCUCCCUCCCUUCUGCUUCCCGCCCCAUGGGGCCAGGCAGCGAGCCGAAAAACUUGCUGUACAGAAAGAAGGGAGAGGGGGAAAUGCAAGUGCUGACACUUCGCAGUGUCCAGGAAAACACUUCCUAAAGUACAUGCUCCCAGUAAAUUCGGAUGGACAAGCCUUCGCCAUCACAAUCUGCAGCCAAGAACUGGCUAUGUGAUUACAAAUAGCACUCGGCAGAGAAGAGAGACUUCCUGGUGAUUUCUGCUGGAGAUGUACUCCCCUGCCACAGAGUUCACCUUCCUUCCCUGAAGUUUCGCAGCAUAACAAACUCGCCAAAGCACGCUGUUCAAAUACAUCUGACCUGCAAGUUCUUCUGGAAUUCCAAAAAAGUUGCAAUAAAAAUACCAGAGAAAACAUCAAAUCACAGGAAUUUUUAACAUACCAUUAUAAUGGUAAGCUCUAAUUGUUCCACUGAGGACUCCUUUAAAUAUACUUUAUAUGGGUGUAUCUUUAGCAUGGUGUUUGUUCUUGGCCUCAUAGCAAACUGUGUAGCGAUCUACAUUUUCACCUGUACUUUAAAAGUGCGAAACGAGACUACAACUUACAUGCUUAAUUUAGCCAUAUCAGAUCUGCUUUUUGUGUUUACAUUACCCUUCAGGAUUUAUUACUUUGUAACCAGAAACUGGCCAUUUGGAGACAUUCUCUGCAAGAUUUCUGUCACUCUCUUUUAUACAAAUAUGUAUGGGAGCAUUUUGUUUCUGACUUGCAUCAGCGUGGAUCGCUUUUUAGCCAUCGUACAUCCCUUCCGAUCCAAGACUCUCCGGACCAAAAGGAAUGCAAAGAUUGUCUGCGUUGCAGUAUGGAUAACUGUGCUAGCAGGCAGCACACCAGCAAGCUUUUUCCAGUCCACAAACAGCUGGAACAAUACGGAGCAAAGGACGUGCUUUGAAAACUUUUCAGAGGACACAUGGAAAACCUACCUAUCCCGGAUUGUUAUCUUCAUUGAAACCGUUGGGUUUUUUAUUCCUCUCAUCCUGAACGUGACCUGCUCCACUAUGGUUCUACGGACUCUGAAUAAACCGCUUACAUUAAGCCGGAAUAAAGUAAGCAAGAAAAAGGUACUCAAAAUGAUUUUUGUCCAUUUGGUGAUAUUCUGCUUCUGCUUUGUGCCUUAUAAUGUUACCUUAAUACUCUACUCCCUUAUGAGAACACAGACCUGGGUCAAUUGCUCAGUGGUGGCUGCAGUCAGGACUAUGUACCCCAUCACUCUGUGCAUUGCUGUUUCAAACUGCUGUUUUGACCCCAUAGUCUAUUACUUCACAUCCGAUACCAUUCAAAAUUCCAUAAAAAAGAAUCGGUCCACCAGACCACGGGACGUCAGAUUCUCUGAAAGGCCAGUUUCAGAAAACUUCAUUCAACACAGCCUCCAGACCAUAAAAAUGAAAAUAUUUGACGGUGACUCUACAAUAUGAACUGUAUUAAAAGACUAUCGGGACUAAACUGGAAUUAGAAGCCUGCACAUUUCUUAGCUGUGGACAUAUAUUUUGAUAUGUAAAGGUUGUGCUUCCUUCACAUCUGAAAAGCUUAUUACAAGGCUGUAAAAGUGUUAAGCAUAACAGCACACAGAAAAAGUAUUUUAAAAAUCUAUGUCAAAGGUCUGUUCCUACAGAUUGUAUGUUAGAAAUGAACUUUAGGGUUUAGACUAGGUUAACCAAAGUCCAAAGGCUGUUUGUCAAGUCAAACACAAAUGAAAAAGUAGGUUGUUUUUCCUUCCUGAAGUUAAAACAGUAGCUCAAUUUAAUCGUAUCAGUUUCCAAGUUACUGAGGAUGGGGGUGAAGUUAACCUGCUUUACACUGCGGAAAAACUGCCCCAUAUUGUCAUAUCACUUCAGCUACCACAUCUAGUUCUCUAGAGUUUCCCUCUUGUCUCUUACUUCUCCCCGUCUUUUUCUCUGCACUUUCCUUCUUAGGGACCAUUACUUUCACAGGAGGCUUCAAUCAGUGGGUUACAAGAACCCUGUUUCUUCCAGGCUUAUCUGAUAAAAAUACAUGCUCUCUCCACAAGCCUGGCCCCCAUAAAGCAAUUAAGUCUGGUAGUUUAGAGCAUUUGGAAACGUCUCAGACAAACUGGUUUUCCUUCUCACCUCUCUCUCAGAAGCCUGUGGUAAUUAGAACAAAGUAACUUGUGAUGACUGAAGUUAAUGCUUUAGGUACAAUACCACUUUAUUAAACUCUUUUGUGAGAAGUUCUUCGACUCAGCAUGACUUUUGAGGAAAAUAACAUCCUCUGAAUAAGUUAAUUCAAUCUCAAAGUACAGUUUCUUAGAAAAACAAGACCUUUUCUAACCAGAAAUGAACAUGUGCAUCAAGUCAAUUAUUUCUUCCAGGAAACUAUUUGGUGUCCCAUAAAUUCAAGAUGCAGUAAUUUUGGAGAACAUGAGCAUUUAAAACUUCAAAUGCUAUUUUCUUUCAAACUUUAAAAAGUUUUAAAAAUUAAGUACUUGGGGCUCUGUGCUGGCAAAAUUAAUCAAGACACUUUGAAAAGUCAGCACCAUGUAAAAGGAGGAAUAUACAUAUAUUACUGUUACAAACAGGAAUACAUAGACAAAACUGCAUUACAACAUCCUGCUAUACAUGUUUCCCAGCUACUAUAACACUGUGUACAUUUUCUGCAGAAUUAAUUUAACAUCACUGUAAAAUAAAAUAAAAUUUAAAAGGUAAAA